AUGACAUCCGCCCUCAGGCUGGCCACCUUGAGUUAUGCGAUCGCUCUUGUUGAUGCCGGUUUGCUGUUCUGGUCCGGGGGCCGUCGCGAUGCUGGGAAUUGGGGUCCGGCCAGACACACUGCAACCGUUGGUGGUGCUGCCGCCGAAAAAGAUCCUGUAGGAUGGAUUCCGCCGAAACCGACUGCGCCGCCGGGGGCCAUGCCGUUCGAUAUCGACCUUCGGAGAAGGCAACAAACUACUACUGUCACGUCUGCUGCUACGUGCGGGUAUCCAGUUAGCAAUGUCAAUGAGUCGGCGAUUAGUUGUAACAAUGGGGAGUACUGUUAUGAGAACCAGUUUGCAAACGCCGCAGGAUGCUGUGGCGAAGCAAACCGUCGCGAUUGCAGAGUGCCGACGACGUGCAUUGAAUCAAGCAGAUCAGCGACAUAUUCGUCUGAUCCUAGGACACUUAUCUGCAAUGACACGGCGAAACCCCGUUGUGUAACGUACUUGUACAAUGCAAAUUUCUUCGAGAACUUGAAUGGGGUUAGUUUUCUAGCGUGCGGCAAAGACGCAGGAUCCAGUACGAUUGCAACCAGCCCGCCACCAGGCUGGUCACCGACAAGUGAUACCAGUACCGCUCCCGAACCCACGGACAGUGACCCGACUAUUCCAGUAACUGUUACGGUAUUUCCAAGUAGUAGCGCAUCAUCCUCGUCCACACCAGUUCCAGUAGCAGAUAGUAGUAAAUCGAGAACCGGGGCUAUCGCGGGCGGUGUAGUUGGCGGUGUUGCCGGACUCGCGUUGAUCAUCGCUGCCAUUUUCUUCCUGUGGCGACGUUUUCGGAGAGUAAGGGACGAUCAGAUGGAAGGAAAAGGGAUGGAAGGCUCGCCCCCCUAUCCGGGCCGAGAUUACAGAAUCUCUAGCGUAUACCCAGGAGGCAUACCCGAGCCGCAAUACCAGUCCGACUUUUAUGGGGAAUUACCUCCACAAAUGAUUCAGACAGAUUCGAUGCAGCAUGUUACGGGUUAUCCGCAGCCGCCACAAGCUAGUUACGACCCGGUUUCUACUGUACCUAGGGAUAUGCAUCCACAAGGAAGAGCGACGACUACGUUUAUUCCGAUAUCACCGAAACCGAACGAAGACGACAUAGUAUCACCUAUCACCCCCGGAGACGGGUUGAACCCUGCCGACGACCCGGCGACGUACACCUGGAUCUCGAAUCCAACACCGCCCCCACAGUCAGAAUACUCCCAGUUCAGCCCGCCGCCCCCUCCGCACUUCCAAUCUUACCGUCCGUACCCGGGUACGUGA